GCCUCCUGCCUGGCUACAUUCUUACUGAAUGACAGCACAGACUAUAAGGGGCCGAAUGGCCUCUUCCUUGCGAUUGUAACGUAUGAUUGACGUUGGAGGUGACCAAUGGAGGGCUGGUACGGUAUUUACAUUUUAAUGAGAGAGUAGACCAAUGGAGAAGGAGGCGGAGGCGGGAGGUGGAUUAAGGAUUGGAGACUGGCGCCUGUGCUGCAUUGUAACUUGUGCGGGCUCUGGGAGCGAGUGUGGCGGAGUGGGGAAGGAUAUACCAGAGACAGAGAUACAGCAAGGGGAAACAUUACAGCCUCAGCACGGGAAAGGAAAAGAUCUGGAUCCUGGCUGGGGAGGGGGCAGGAUAUAACACCCCCUCCCACUCACCCACCUCGCGCACAAGACAGCCAGCACCGACCCUUGUGGAUGUUUCCAGGAGGGGCUGGAGAAGGGACCAAGAGCCUCCUGAACGCACCAAGAGAGGGGCGUCGCCAUGAACAAGCUGAGACAGAGUCUGCGACGGAAGAAACAGCCGUAUGUGCCGGAGGCCAGUCGGCCGCACCAGUGGCAGGCGGAUGAGGAGGCCGUCCGGAAGGGCAAGUGCAGCUUCCCAGUCAGGUACCUGGGCCACGUGGAAGUGGAGGAGUCGCGUGGGAUGCACGUGUGUGAAGAUGCAGUGCAGAAGCUCAAAGCCACGGGAAAGAAGUCAGUGAAGGCCAUGCUGUGGGUGUCUGCGGAUGGGCUGAGAGUGGUGGACGAUAAGACUAAGGACCUUAUCGUGGACCAGACCAUUGAGAAGGUCUCGUUCUGCGCUCCGGACCGUAACUACGACAAAGCCUUUUCCUACAUUUGCCGUGAUGGGACCACACGACGGUGGAUCUGUCACUGUUUCAUGGCUCUGAAAGAUUCGGGGGAGCGUCUCAGCCACGCGGUGGGCUGUGCGUUUGCCGCCUGCCUGGAGCGGAAGCAGCGACGGGAGAAGGAGUGCGGCGUCACGGCUUCCUUCGACGCCAGUCGGACGAGCUUCACUCGGGAAGGCUCCUUCAGGGUCACCACCACCUCCCAGCAUGCCGAGCGAGAGGACACCAUGAAGCAACUGCAGGACAAGACAAAAGGAGGCGGCUGGGGGGACGUAUCCACGGUGACAGCAGGUAACUCCACGUUCCAGCCGGGCCAUCGGAGGACUCCCUCAGAGGCUGAGCGCUGGCUGCAGGAGGUGGCGAAGACAGCCCGGGCCCAGCAGCAGCAGCAGCAGCAGCAGCCUCCCUCAGCCCCGUUGGCUCCCACCGCCAUCCCGGUUCCCACCGGCCUCCCAGCCUCAGCGAGCCCUUUCAUCGGCACGGCUGCCCCCGUCAGCCUGUUCGGACCACCACCCGCCUUCGUGACCUACGCCCCCGGCCUGACCAACGGCACGCCCUCCCCUUACCCGGCCCCCAGUGUACCCGUGGUGGGAAUCACCCCCUCACAGAUGGUGGCCAACGUCUUCGGCAGCGCCCAGCAGGCCCCACUUAGCAACCAGGGCUUCUCCGGCAGAGCUGCCCCAUUCAUGCCCGCUUUCGGCAUCACUGCAUCAUCUACUGGCGCCACCGUGGCCCAGCACCAGGCCAGGCCCCCACGGCCUCUCGGAGGGGCGUCAGUCCCCAGCCGCUCUGGAGUCACCAUUGGGCCUGGGGCCUGGCCCCCUGAACCCUCUGGCCAAGAGGCUGACCAAUUCGAGGCCCAAUGGGCCGCACUGGAGGCCAAAUCCCAAGCCCGGCUUGGGGCUGCUCUACCGACCAACCCUUUUUCUACCGACUUACAGAAAACAUUCGAGAUCCAGCUCUAAAGGAGCCAGAGGAUGAGUUUUUAUUUUCUAAACAAAAACUAAAUGAAGAAAAGACUCUUCGGACCGAACUGUAUAACCACUAAGAAACAUUUGUAUUUUUCGUUUGAGAAGUGCCACACUUGCGAAGGUGGUGAAGGAGAGAGUGAGAGAAAAGCCCUCGGUUUGUUCUUUUACCCAAUAAUGACGCAACGUCAGGUCAUUCUGUGAGGGCCAAGGCUUGUGGGUGGAGACAAUGGGCAGGCCUUUCUCUGCCAAGGGGCGGAGUGGGGGCAGACAUCGUAGACAUGCUGCAGUCAGGGAAGGGUACAAUCCUACCCAGGAACGUCCAGACACUUCCCAUCCCUCCCUCACCUUCCCAUCCCUCCCUCACCUUCCAAUCCCUCCCUCACCUUCCCAUCCCUCCCUCACCU